CUUUCUCCGCAUUUGGCUUCGGGCGACUACUGUAGCGUAAGUGUACGGGGCAUGUACCCUACCCACCUACUGCAUUUGGGUUUGGAGUUCCCAAAAUAACAUAACUUUUAAGUGAGUAAAAAGUACACAAUAAAACAAAACUCGCGAAAUCGCCCCAGAACUUUCGCAGUUGUAGCCAAAGUUAUAAAUAAACCAAGUGCGAGGCAGCAGUAGGGGGUAGCUUGUUAAAAUUGGAACAGCGAGUCUAUAAAACACUAAAAAAGGGUAAAACAUAAAAGCAAAGUUAUAUACACCUGUUUUUAUUCUUUUGAAGCAGCCUCAGGCAAAUAAGUUCUAAGCCUGACGAAUUAAAUAAAUGAAAACUGAAUUAAAAAAGGAAUUAAUCAGGAAUAUCUAAAAAGUUAUUUCAUGACUAUAAACUUUACAGAAAUUUUCUAAACACGAGACAGAGUCGGGGAACUGUGCAAAAUUAGCAAUAUCCUUGGUUAUUUAAAAGCGGCUAUAUUUUUAAAAUCGGCAACUUAUCUAGUGAAGCUUAAUGACAGUUAUAAGGCAAGUAGGUAUAUCUCGUUUUUUAAAGUUUGAUUUUUAAAUAGUUUGUCUGGGACAUUGUUACAUUAUUUUAUUCGUUUAUUUUUCUGCUUCUUUAAAGGGGGUUAAUUUACAUUUUGGAAAAAACGAAAGAUUAGUGCUUAAGGGGAACGCUUAGGUUUGUCAGCUUUUAUUGUCGGGCUUUUGUAAACGUUUGUCCUCUGAUGUGAAUAAAGAAAAUGACUACUGGGGCUAGUAGUUACCCAAUGGCUUCCUUGUAUGUGGGCGACCUGCAUCCUGAUGUUACUGAAGCAAUGUUGUAUGAAAAGUUUAGCCCUGCUGGUCCCGUGCUUUCCAUCCGUGUUUGCAGGGAUAUGAUCACACGAAGGUCUUUGGGAUAUGCUUAUGUCAAUUUCCAGCAACCUGUUGAUGCUGAACGUGCACUAGACACCAUGAACUUUGAUGUUAUCAAAGGCAAGCCAAUACGUAUCAUGUGGUCACAGCGAGAUCCUUCACUUAGAAAAUCUGGGGUUGGCAAUGUAUUCAUCAAGAACUUGGAUAAGUCCAUUGAUAAUAAGGCUCUUUAUGACACUUUCUCUGCAUUUGGUAACAUUUUGUCUUGUAAGGUAGUGUGUGAUGAAAAUGGGUCCAAAGGCUAUGCCUUUGUUCAUUUUGAGACACAGGAUGCUGCUGACAGAGCCAUUGAGAAGAUGAACGGCAUGCUUCUGAAUGACCGCAAGGUAUUUGUUGGACGUUUCAAAUCCCGCAAGGAAAGGGAAGCAGAACUUGGAGCUAAAGCAAAGGAAUUUACCAAUGUUUACAUCAAGAACUUUGGAGACGACAUGGAUGAUGAACGCCUGAAAGAGAUAUUCGGCAAAUAUGGCAAAACCCUAAGUGUGAAAGUAAUGACUGACCAGAAUGGGCGGUCAAAAGGCUUUGGAUUUGUAAGCUUUGAAAAACAUGAUGAUGCCAGCAAGGCAGUAGAAGAAAUGAAUGGAGGUGAGAUCAACGGGAAACUUAUGUUUGUAGGCCGAGCUCAGAAGAAAAUGGAGCGGCAAGCAGAAUUAAAGAGGCGGUUUGAGCAACUGAAACAAGAAAGGAUCAGUAGAUACCAGGGUGUGAAUCUUUACAUCAAGAAUCUAGAUGACACAAUUGAUGAUGAAAAGCUAAGGAAGGAAUUCACACCAUUUGGAUCCAUUACCAGUGCCAAGGUCAUGCUAGAAGAUGGCCGUAGCAAAGGAUUUGGGUUUGUUUGCUUCUCAUCUCCUGAAGAGGCAACAAAAGCUGUGACAGAGAUGAAUGGGCGUAUUGUUGGAUCAAAACCACUGUAUGUGGCACUUGCCCAGAGGAAGGAAGAGCGGAAGGCUCACUUAACAAACCAGUAUAUGCAGCGCAUUGCAGGGAUGAGAGCAUUACCUGCCAGCACCCUUAUUAACCAAUUCCAAACAGCUGCAGGAGGAUACUUCAUGCCAGCUGUCCCCCAGGCCCAGAGUCGAGCUGCAUACUAUGCACCUAACCAGAUGCCCCAAAUGAGGCCUAACCCACGCUGGCAACAAGGAGGAAGACCUCAAGGUGGAUUCCAGGCUAUGCCAAAUGCAGUUCGUCAGGGAGGGAUGAGACCAUCAAUGCGCCACCUUGGUCCAGGUGGCACUGCACAGGGCCCUCGUAUUCCUGCCUCCCAGCGAGUUGGUUCUGCAGGAGCACAAAAUAUAGGUCCUCGUCCACCUGUACCUACCCAAGUAUCCCGGGCUGCUGCUCCAUUUAAGUAUGCCACAGCUGUACGGAACACACAACCUCCAGUCAUUCAAACUUUGGCAGUCCAACAGCCCCAACAAGCAGCAGUUCACGUACAAGGACAAGAACCCUUGACUGCUUCCAUGUUGGCUGCUGCCCCUCCCCAGGAACAGAAGCAGAUGCUUGGUGAACGAUUGUUCCCAUUGAUCCAAGCAAUGCAUCCCACACUGGCAGGUAAAAUAACAGGAAUGCUCUUAGAAAUUGACAACUCUGAGCUGCUGCAUAUGUUGGAGUCACCAGAAUCCCUCAGAUCAAAGGUUGAAGAAGCUGUUGCAGUACUACAGGCUCAUCAGGCGAAGAAGGAGGCAGCUCAUAAAGUUGGUAGUGUUGCAGCAGCUUCCUGAAGCAGGCUGAAUGGGACUGGAGGAUACAGCAUGCCUGAAUGACAUCGGAUGCAUGUGCCCCAGUUGCUUACAUGCUACUCUUGUAGCUGUUCGGACAAUCAUAGCUUUGCACCAUCUGAGUGUACACUCAGAACUUAAGAACAGGUUUUAAUGUACUGUGAACUUCUUUUAUUUAAAUUAAUUUAUAAAAAUAAGUACAAUUUGAAUGAAACUGAAGAAACUACAGCUUUUGGAGCAUGUUUCUUUAUGGCCAACUCAGUGAUUUUGCCAUUCAUUCUACAAGGAAGAGUUGCACUUCCUUUUGAGAUACUUAGAUUAACAGUUUGGCAAGCAUAUUCAUAUUUGAUGUGGAAUCUGUUUUGAAUCUUGAUGUUUGCCAUUGUUUCACUUUGAAAAUCACAUCAGAAUCAAGAAAUAAAGCUACCGUUUUAUUAUA